AGAAUAAUUGCAAAAUCCGUCGGAGUCCGACCCAGUCUAGUUUUUGCCCUGGCCUGCGUUCUCUUCCGCGUCGCUGCAAAGGGGAGCGCAGAGAUAGAUUGAGAAUGGCAGAAGAAGCAAUCCUCAGUUACCUGGAAAAGGGCGAAGUAAUUUCAGAUUCCGGUGUCUUUGCUUCUGAACGUGGAAUUGACCACAAUGAGAUCGUUAAUGUCAUCAAGAGCCUCCACGGUUUUGGAUAUGUCGAUGCUGAGGACAUUAAGAGGGAGACAUGGGUGCUAACGGAUGAGGGGAAGACAUAUGCUGCUGCAGGAUCACCUGAAGUGCAACUGUUCCUGGCAAUACCGCCGGAAGGUAUCUCUAAAGAGGAACUUCAGAAAAAGCUAAACCCCGCUGCCUUCAAAAUAGGCUGUGCUCAGGCUGCAAAGAAUAAAUGGGUGGAGUUAGGAAAACAACUUAUAUCCCGGAAG